AUGACGGAGCAAAAAGAUUCUGGAGGCUGGUGGGCCUUGAAAGCCCUGCAGGUGGUGCGCCGCGCGCUGCCGCGGGCAGACUUGCCAGGCGCCAAACAAGCUACGCCCCUCAACUUGAACCGUUACGUUUUGCUUUUACUCUACAUCCUCCAGACGUUUAUGACAGGGUGCGUUUACUUUGGCUGGGCGCCGCUUUCAGCAGUGCUCCUCAAGGCCGGAGUAUUCAGUUUCAAGUGCACUCCUGACGGUAAGGGAGGUUUUGUAAACGACCAGCGUCAACAAGGCAACAACUACAUAUGUGAUCAACAGGAUGCUUCAGUACAGAGCUUGUUCGUCAUCACGUUGGCCACCCACUGCACGAUGAGUGCUGUUGCUGGCGCAAUGAUGGACACGUUGGGCCCAAAGAUCACCUCGAUGAUUGGACAAUGCUUUAACAUCACAGCAUGGUGUCUCAUCUCCACGCUCAAUGCAGAUUCCCGCGUGCGUGCUUACAUGGGCUUUAUCUGCAUGGGCCUCGGCGCAGACACAGCUUUUCUUCCCACUCUGCUCAUCACGCGCCUGUUUCCCGGGUCUGCUGCCACGAUCAUCACGUUGAUGGGCUCCGCAUCUUCUGCCUCCUUCGCUAUUCCGCUUAUUUUAAACACGUACCUAACAGAUGGUGGCAUUUCGGGCUGCUGGUGGUACGUUGGAUUUGGCCCUUGCCUUUUCCUUGCAGUUGACGCACUGGUGAUGCCACUGAAGCCAUUCAUUGCGUUCGACGAUGGCCUUGGAGAGGGCCAGAUUUUGGAAAUGAGCGAGCACUCUGUAGCAGAAAAGUUUCCACCGCUUUCAGAGCAGGAAACUGGAGACUCAGACGCAGAGUCACUGGCCCCAAUCGAAACAAAGGGCCAGCAGGAGCCUGACGAACCUCAUGAGGCACAACCGAAUCACCCCUUCUUGAAGACCAUGUUUUCAGAAAAAUAUAUACUCAUUGUUGUCUACUUCGUUGCAGUAGGAUGCAUUACGGCUUUCUAUCAGGAAGCCCAUGACCGAAUUCUCGUCCCGGCUGCAGAGGACUUCUUAGGUAGUGCGCUGCCCUUCUCGUUCAUCCCAUGCAUAAUUUUGGGGAAACUGUCGGAGACUAUUGGCAUUCUGGCAGUAAUGGGGGUCGUGAAUACGGCAGGCGUCCUGGCGUACGUUUUCAGCUUGAAGCAAACGCUCGCUAUGGGCAUCUUUUCCGUUCUGUGCUUUACGGUCUACAUGGCACUGUUCGUUUCCCAAGUAUUCGUGUACAUCGAGGAGAAUUUUCCUGCGAAGUUCUUUGGCCGACUUAUCGGUAUUGUUCAGAUGGUUGGAGGGUUACUGUCUCUGUUAUGUAGUCCAUUAUUUCACCUUACGGUGGGUUUAGAGGAAAGAGAGUUAUAUAUUGUGCAGCUCCCGAUAAUUGGCCUGCUGCUUUCAAUGUAUGCUGUGUUGAUUCGCAUGUUUUUUAUCCGAACAAGGCCCCUGUUUCGGACCGCUAUUGAUCAGAAUGGGGGCAGUUCUGAUUCUGCAGUGCAGGACCCUUGA